AUGGCCGGGGCGGCGGAGUCCUGGGGAAGAAUCGAUGGCGCUUCCGCCGCCGCCGCCGUCCUCUUCCUCCUCCCCGAGCUCCUCUUCCUCACCGCCAUGGCAGUCCUCGCCGUAGGGGCCCUCUGGUCUUUCGUCCGCCGCACCAGAGCACGUGAUUCCGCGGCGGAGGCGGCGCUCACGGGGGCGGCGGUGGGGAUGUUGGUAGCGGGGGUGAUCCCAGCCGUGGCCGUGACGGUGAAGGUGGCGGUCGCGACGCCGCCAGGGAUCAUGAUCACGGCGCUGGCUGCGGCGGCGGUGGCGGUGGUGCUCACGGUGGUGGCGUCCGCGGCCGCCGUGGCGAUGGCGGCGUCCGCCGUAUCUGUGGUCCGUCGGUGGCUGGCCAAAGAUCCGCCGCCCUCCCGGUGGUAA